AUGUGCUCUACUCCCAACCUCGUGCUUGAUGCCGCUCUACCAUCCGAGCUCGAGAAGAUAUGGGGCGAGGAGCAGCCGGUGAACGGCACGCAAGCGGCCAUCGAGCGUCGCUUUCGAGAGCUCUUACCUGGUGGCGACAAUACCGCGAUUGAUCUAACCGAAGGACGGGACGGCAACUUUGAGGCACGGGAGCAAGAAUACGAGGACGCCAUAAAUUUAGAACCCGAUAUCGCUAAAGUCAUAGAGGUUGUUGAUUUAACAACUAGGAAACGGAGGCAGAGAUUCCCUCGAGGGGCUAUCAUCCCCAGGCGCAACCCCUCGAUAGCGCCCCCGGAUUGCAGACUGGAGAGCUAUACUCAUAACAACACGCUACUGAAGUCCGGCGUUACAGUCGAAAUUAUGCCCCCUGAAGAGGAUCACUUUUACGCCUCGUUUCUCUACAUCCAAUCCGUCGUCCAGACUGAAGCGGCCAUCGUACUUCGGGGACUUCCGCUAACACGCACAAGGUACCUACGAGGAAAGCUCCCACGGCUCCGCAACGAGAUAGCCUUCGUUCUCUGCGUCGACCAGGAUGAUAGUCGGCCCGACGAGGAACAGGCGGCAAUUGAGAUCCCCCUGGAUAGGGUCAGAAGAACCCGGACCUGCUACAUCACGAACAAGAACUUCCCCGAGCACCGUUACCCCGGAGAACUCUACGAUGAUGUCUGGGAGAUCGAGGAGAGGGCCGCCCUCGUAUGCCGUUGGAAGUACCGUCGCAUCUGGGGAAAUGCCCUUCAGCGGCUCCGCAAGCAACCCCCGCUCGAGUUCGUCUUGACGCGUAUCGGCGCCAACGAGGUGCCUAAAGACAAGUUCAGGGCCCCGGACGUCCAUCUCACGAAUGCUUGGCGGGGCGGGAAAGUACGCGGAGGCGCCUCCGCCGCCCAAGGGCAGCUAAUAGUACACGUCGACGACCCAGACGUCCAGGAGACGACGCCGGGUGACGGAUGGGCCGUUAGCGAGCCUGGCCAGCAAUACACCCUCGCUGACAUGUUCUGCGGAGCUGGCGGAGCCUCGUACGGGGCUAGAUCUGCUGGAUUCCGCAUCGCGCUGAGCUGUGAUAAAGCCGAGGGGGCCUGCAACACGUACGCCGAGAACUUCCCGGAAGCCGAGCUGCACCGCAAAGACAUGUACGAUUUCAUCGACGAGAUGCGGAACUCGUACGUCCACGUCGACGUGCUUCACCUCUCACCCCCGUGCCAGUACUGGUCUCCCGCCCACACGACGCCCGGCGUCAACGACGAGGCGAACAUCGCCAUACUAUCCUGCUGCCACGAGCUCGUCAAGAUCUUCCGACCUCGGGUAUUUACGCUGGAGCAAACCUAUGGCAUUCUGCACUCGCAAUUCGAGUACUAUUUCAACGCGCUCGUCCGCGGCUUCACCCAAUACAACUACUCCGUACGAUGGAAGGUGGUGAACCUACUGUCGUGGGGGUCGCCGGCGCGGCGUCUGCGCCUGAUUAUGAUCGGCGCCUGCGCGGGCGAGGAGCUCCCGCCCUACCCAGGCGCGACGCACGCUGCCGACCCGACGCCGAGCGAGGGAACGAGGCCGUACCGGACGGUGCGGCAGGUGCUGCGGCAGAUCCCCCGGCGCCUCACGGGCGACAGACUCCAUAAGCCGCGCGAGCUGAAGAGGAUCUACAAGCCUCGUUGGAAUCCCGACUUGCCGCUGGCUCGCACGAUUACGUGCAACGGCGGAGUCGGCAACUACCACUUCAACGGCAGGAGAGACUUCACUCUCCGUGAGUACGCCGUGCUCCAAGGCUUCCCUGCGGACUACAAGUUUGAGAAGCCAGACCAGAAGAAGCAGAUCGGGAAUGCGUUCCCGCCCCCGGCGGUCGAGACGCUGUUCAGACAUCUGAGGAAGUGGCUAGAGCAGAGGGACCGUAUCUAUGCUGACGACAGUGGACUCGCCGAGUCCGAGGGAGAGAGCAGUGGCGGGGUGAGCGUCGACUAUGAUGUCGAAGACGACGACGACGACGAAUACUACGGUAGCGACGUGGAGUAUCUUGGGGAGAGGGAGCUCAGUCGGUCGUCUAGCGAGGUUGAGUGCCUGGGGGGGUGGAAUCUUCGCCGUCAGGCCAGUGUGGUGACGGUCAAGGACUCAGACGAGUCUGACGACGACAUGGAAACGGACGCGAUGAGCGAAGACGCUGGCAGCCCGAAUUUCUGCGCCGAUGGGGCUCAGUCCAAGGCCCAGCCCAAGUCCGGCCCCAUCGAUUUGACGAAGGUUGACGAUACGGGCCUCGUCGACUUGACAUGAGCGCCAAGACGGACGGGAAUCCUUUGGUCCCGGCGGCUCGGAUUCCCUCUACGUAUAUACGCAUGUAGGUGAUCCCUUCUACUAGAAGUAAGACUGACUUGCUACCUAGCCGCAGGCG